CUCCCUAUAGGCCUUGGGCCACCUCCCCCGGGGCGGCCUCCAGGCUGCCCAGGCCUAUAAAGGUGCGGGGUUUUCUCAAUGAAGCUGGGACUCGCGCCGGAGCCCAAGGGCAUUGAGGGGUCGGACCUAGCCAGGUGCCCGGUAGUCAAGAGUCCGCCUGCCGAGCGCGGUCCCCGCCGCCCCUCCAAGCAGAGAUGAAAUACAUCGUGGGCAUCGGAGGCAUGACCAACGGCGGCAAGACCACAUUGACCAACAGCCUCCUCAAGUCGCUGCCCAACUGCUGCGUGAUCCACCAGGAUGACUUCUUCAAGCCCCAAGACCAAAUAGCAGUUGGGGAGGACGGCUUCAAACAGUGGGACGUGCUGGAGUCCCUGGACAUGGAGGCCAUGCUGAACACCGUGCAGGCCUGGGUGAGCAGCCCCCGAAAAUUCGCCCGUGCCCAUGGGGUCAACGUCCAACUUGAUGCCUCAGACACCCACAUCCUCAUUCUAGAAGGCUUCCUGCUCUACAGCUACAAGCCCCUGGUGGACUUGUAUAGCCGACGGUACUUCCUGACAGUCCCUUACGAAGAAUGCAAGUGGAGAAGAAGUACUCGAAGCUAUGCAGUCCCUGAUCCCCCUGGCCUCUUCGAUGGCCACGUGUGGCCUAUGUACCAGAAGUAUAAGCGGGAGAUGGAGGCCAAUGGUGUGGAAGUGGUAUACCUGGAUGGCAUGAAGUCCCGCGAGGAGCUUUUCCACCAAGUCCUGGAAGACAUUCAGAACUCGCUCCUGAACCACUCCUAGGCGAGGCUGGGGAGGAGGAGCCCAGCCCCCAACUGCAGGGACCCAUACACAAUUCUGGCCACAAUAUGGCCAGGCUGGCAGCAUCCCAGCCAGACACUGCGUGACCAUUUCCCUUUGGGAAAGUCUGUACAUAGGAGAGUGGAGGCCCCACUCACAGCCCAGCAUCUCACGGCCCAGGCAUCCCACCCUGAGAUGUUUCUGUAACCUCGACGGUGGCUUACAUAUUAAACCUGAUCCUGUUUUUUAA